AAACGCGUGGUACGGUGGUAGACUUCAUCACGUAUGAAAUAAAAUAGAAAACAAUUAGGACUCACAUGGAAGAAGUGCUCCAGCUGCUUUAUGAUGGAGGAAUGAAAAGCUUCCCAUGGUUUUGUUUUGAAUUUAUUUCAUGGUGAUUUUGUCAAAGAGUUUCGGUGAAUUUCUGAUAUUAAUUGCUUUACAGUUUUUUCCUCUCUCUUGUUUUGCAACAAUUGUGCUAUAUGUGCUAGUGAAAAUGUGGUCAAAAGUUGCUGUACUGUGGAUGAUUUUCUUUUCAUUAUUUUCAACUGGUUUAAGUUCCUUUCAAGAGACGAAGUUAAUAAAAGAUCUACUGAAGAACUACGAUAGGGACGCGAGGCCAGCUAUCAAUUACUCACAAUCCGUGCGGGUGGAGCUACAAAUGAUCUACAAAGAGCUAAAAGAAAUUGACGAACCAAAACAGCAAAUGACUUCAAUCACUCGAUUCAGAAUAUCGUGGAAAGAUCCUUCCUUGAAGUGGAAAACAGAAAAAUAUGGUGGAGUAAAAACAAUUCAUGUGAAUCCAACACGCAUCUGGAUUCCAGACCUCACUCUUUAUAACAGUGUUCACAAAGAUAGUGGAAACAUUUACAGCUAUCCAACAAAUGUAAUGAUACAGAAUGAUGGAACGAUCACGUGGCUAACAUAUGCUAUGUUGAAGACUCUCUGUAAAUUGGACAUUGCAGAUUUCCCAGUGGACAAUCAGCAUUGCACACUUAAGGUUGGUUCUUGGACUUUGACGAGCAAGGAACUUGAUUUAAAACUCGCGGAUGAUACGCAACCGAGUGUGGAUCAUUAUAGUGACAACACAGAAUGGCAUCUCGUCUCAGCCAGUGCAACGAUUAAUGUAAAAGAAUAUCCUUGUUGUUCGGGGACGUACACAGAUAUAACUUACACUUUGCAUUUCAAAAGAAAACCUUGGUUCUAUAUCAUCACCAUAGUCCUUCCAUGUGUCAUAUUAUCUUUACUUGCUUCUAUGUCUUUUUUGUUUCCCGCUGGCUCAGGAGAACGCGUUUCGCUGAUCAUUUCAGUCCUGCUUGGGCUGACUGUGUUCAUGCUGAUCAUCAACGAAGAGAUACCAGUAAGUUCCGACUCCACACCGAUGUUGACACGAUACUUUAGCGCCAUCUGCUGUGGAACAUUCGUCAGUCUCCUGGCAACUGCUUUAAUUCUUCAAAUCCAUCACGGAUCCAAUGCAAAGCCUGUGUCUGUUUUCCUUGCAAAAAUGCGAAAUCUUAUUGCCUUUUUCGUAUGCGUGAGAGCAAAAUCAUCAUCAGAGAAAACCGUCAAAAAACCAUCCUUAUUAAAAUCGACCCUUCUAAAUGACGAACAACGACUUUCUUGGGCAGGCACAACAGCCUUGGACAGCGGUAUUACCAAGAGGCGAUGUUUGACAGAUGCUACGCUGAUGAGCAAUCUGAAUUCUCACACCGUGAGCAGGGUAGAUGGUAAAUUUGGGGAAGAAUUCGAACGAGAUUGGCAACGAACGGCUGGAAUAUUCGAUCGCUUCUUUUUUGUGAUUUCUUUAUCUUAUUUUGUCGGAUUGAAUUUGUACAUAAUUGUUUUUCUGAACUCUUGACACUGUUACGACAUAAUAGUAGCGCAGGCAAGGGUCAAAGGGGUGGGGGAAAUCAUUUCUACCACAAUUAUGUAGAGAACAUUAUCUCCAUUAGUACAAGUGAAAAGUGUAAGUAAGUAUGUUGUAUUAGAAUUUUCCAAGGAUUCCACCCUCCUAAUAAAAACUUCAGCCAGCGGAGUGCAGCAUUGUUCAAAUAUUCCUUAUAAUUAAAAAGAGGAAAAAUAUAUUGUAUUUCUGUA